AUGGCAGUGGUGGCAAGAAACCAUGAGGUGGAAAGGCAAAUGAAAAGUGGAAAAGAAUGGCCAGAGACAGAUGGAGCCUGCACAAAGGUGGAGAAGCUGGUGAAAGGGAAGGAACAGAAGUUGGUGAAAGAGAAGGUGGGAGCAAUAGCAGAAGUGAUGAUAACCACAACAAUGAUAAUGGUGAUAGCAGGAAUGACAAUGUCAGAAGGAAGACAGGAAUGGAGAGUGGAAGAAGGAGUGAACACAGCAGAGGAAGGGAUGUCAGGAGAGAAGCAAAGAACAUCAGAGGGACAACAACAUGCUAGCUCACUGGGAGUAGUAUGGCUAAAAGACGCAGAAAAUGAAAUGAGAGCUGUCAAAGAGGAUUGGAGACUGUGGAUAAAGACACCAACACCCAGUGUUUCUGAAGAACGUGAAAUAUUGGAAACCAAAGCUGUUCUUGAUCCUAGACAGAAGCACAUUCAGCAUCAACAGCUGUGUGAGACAAAUAUCGCAUCACAGUCUUGUAGCCAGAUUAUUGGCUUGCCACAAAAACAGCCUUUUACGAUAGAUAGCAUAGGAAACUACAAUCAACAGUCUACCCAAGAACUAGUUGACAAGAACCAGACCUUCAAAAAUUCAUGCAAUGUGUCAGGAAGUAAAGACAAAUCUGAGGUGAGGAGUAGUAUCAUUAUUAAAGACGAAUAUCCAGGCAGUUUGGAAGAUGAAUCUCAACCACAGAGAAGGACAGAAACAAAAUUAAAUAAAACCCAGGUGCUCAAAUGCCAGGAUUUGGUGAAUCAAGAUCAUGAAACUGAACAAGCAACAGAUUCCAGUGAAUUUGGCACAGAAACAGAAGAUUGCAGGUCUGCCUGUUCAAAUUCAUGACAUGUGGAGAAAAGAAGAAAAGUGAGUCAUUCCACCAGCAAAAGACUGAGCACCUCUUUGUUCAGAUGCACAAGGAGAGUGUUCGACUAACAGAAAGAUUAUUAGCUCUGGAAGAACAAUCUCUUCAGAAGCUCUCUGAAAUCUCAUCCACUUUGUCCACCCUAGCUAGUUUUGUCAUAAAAGAGGAGAAUCCACAGCAGCUAUCCCAACUGCAAGGAGUGCACACUCAGACUCAAAGCCAGACCUCUUAAACCCACUCCUAGUUUACCGAGAUCCUAAAACUGCAUUGCUUGGCCUUCAAGAAAUGUUCCUCAAAGUUAUGUUUAAAAAAAACAAACCCUUAAUGUGUGCCUUUUAAAUAGUGGAGACAUGCCAUGCCUGUGACUCAGCAAAUCUAACUCUGAAAUUGCUGUGCUAACUAACAUUUGAUGCUGUAAACAUUACAGGAGUAUCAACUUGUGGCCUUUUUCAUUUGUCCACAGGCAUUUUAUUUACAAGUUUAGGAGCUGAUUUGGCUGCUGCCUUGUUUAUAAUAACCCAUCGAGACGAAUCAAUAAAAUGUGAAUUUAUUUGAAUGAUAGGCCUUAAAGCAUUUGACAUCUACAAGAUUAACUUGUAUUUCUACAUCCCGUUUUAAAAUCAUAGGAAUAUACUUAAAUUCUGUGCUAUACCUACUUCAGCCAUGCACUAAAUAGCUAAGUUGUCAUGUCAAAGGAAAUGUAGAAGUAUUGCCUUGCCAAUCCCUUUCCAUCUAACUAGAAAUAUUAACUCUUUCAGAGUUCAGUUUAAUAUGCAUAGUGUUUGGCAUAAUGAAAACCCAUAGUCCUGCAUUUUCUGUUAAAUGGGGCCAGAUUCUAUUUCAGAGUCUGCCAAAGGGGAAAGUGUGUCACUUUUAGGCAUUUUACAUAAAACCUGUUUCUCUGUUACAGAAGGGGUGGAAACAAAUUCCAAAGAAUAUGUGGCUGAUGUAGAACUGUCAGAAGAGAUCCCUGGAGGCCUUCCCCCUCCCACCUCAUCAUACAGGCAAGCCAGAGAAUUGGCUUCCUAAAUAAACUGAAAAAACAACAGAAAAAUAUACAAUACUGACAGUUA